AAAAGUAUUCAAAUCUUAAAUAGGUGCGAAAUAAGAGAGUGGAGAGAGAGAGAGAGAGAGAGAGAGAGAGAUAAAGGGGGUAAAUAAAGAUAAACCAAUAACUCGAGCACCAGUUUCGCCCACGAACCAGCCAACAAGCUCUUACCUAUCGAAAGUUAGCAUCUUUCUUCUCUUCAUCUUUUUCAGAAAUGGAGAACUGCGUGGAAGCGAGAGCGUUCAAAUCAAGUUUACUUGGAGAAUUGGCCAUGAAGUCGACUCAGCAGGUGACGUUAGAGGACUGCUGGGGUGCUGGCGGGGUUCCCAGCGAAGAUUUCUCCAUCGACGACCUUCUGGACUUGUCGAAUGCCGAGUUUGAAGACGGGUACGUCGUGGAACGAGACGAGGAAGAGGAAGAAGUGGAGAAAGAUUCUCUUUCGGGCUCUUCCUCUCAGGACCAGGCCGACGAGGAUAGUUCCAAUUCUACAAAUUUCUCCGGCACAGCUGAGUCUGAGUCUCAUCUUGCCAGCGAGCUUGCCGUUCCGGAUGAUGAUUUGGCGGAGCUAGAAUGGGUUUCUCGCAUCGUGGACGAUUCUCUGCUGGAUUUCUCUCUUUCGUACGCUGCCGGGAAACAGAAAACCGAGACUCGUAUAAUGAACCGGUCAGAACCGGAGACCAGACCAAGGUCGACAUCAACAAAACCUUCAUGUUUUCCCUCUCCGGUUCCGUCUAAAGCCAGAACCAAACGGGCCAGAGCAACGAAUCACGUUUGGACACUUGGGUCCCCGCUCUCUGAGUCACCUUCACCAUCUUCAGCAUCUUCUCCUGGGUUUUCUUCGACAUCUUGUCGUAUCUUCGCCAACACGGUCCAAAACAUGCAGCUUUUCGCUUUUGCUGAACCGCCGACGAAGAAACAGAAGAAGAAACCGACGGUUCAGACCAUUGGGGUCGGUGGGACCCAGUUUCAGCGAAGGUGCAGCCAUUGCCAGGUGCAGAAGACCCCCCAGUGGAGAACCGGUCCACGGGGUCCCAAAACGCUCUGCAACGCUUGCGGGGUUCGGUACAAGUCGGGUCGGCUUUUCCCAGAGUACAGACCGGCCUGUAGUCCGACCUUUUCCAUCGAUAUUCACUCGAACAGCCACCGCAAAGUGUUGGAGAUGAGGAAGAGGAAGGAGACGGUGAUCGAACCAGAAUCAGGGUUCAGCCAGAUGGUUCCAAGUUUUGGAUAAUUUUUAACCUAGAAAACAGGUACACGUGAACCGGCAUCGGCCGGGUUCAGUUUGUACAUUUUUGUGCUCAGCCGCGGGAUAGACUUUGUCACAGUCUCCUAGGAAGGUUCUUAAUCAUAGCUCUUAGUUUUCUUUUUGGGUUUUUUUAUUUUAUUUUAAAUUUUUAUAUAUUUUUUUAAUUUUGGGGAUUAGUUAGUGCUUGUGAUAGUGUUAGUUCAAUUAUUUGGUUUAAUGGAGAGGGAAAGGGGGUUUAGACUUUAGGACUUUUGGUUGAUUAAUUUUCCUUUUUUAUUUUUAUUUUUUAAA